UCUCCUGAUCGAUAAUUUCUCUGUUCAAAUAUCUCUGACUGUCUCUCUCACAUACACACACACGCACACACAAAACACACAGAGAGAGAGAGAGAGAGAAUUAUGGCAAGAAUGUCAGAUCCCCUCAUAGUUGGAAGAGUGAUAGGGGAUGUUCUUGACUCUUUCAGUCCAACUACCAAGAUGUUUGUCACUUACGCUAAUAAACAAGUGUUCAAUGGUCAUGAGUUCUAUCCUUCUGCAGUUGUUAUGAAACCAAGGGUUGAGAUUCAAGGAGGCGACCUAAGAACCUUUUACACUUUGGUUAUGACUGACCCUGAUGUCCCAGGCCCCAGUGAUCCAUAUCUCAGAGAACACCUCCACUGGUUAGUGACCGACAUACCGGGCACCACAGAUGCAACAUUUGGUAAGAACAUCACACUGUACACACAAACACACACACACACACACGGACAAAUGCGAAAUGUGAAUAACACUGCUUUUUUCCUGGUUAAAAUUAUUACUUCAACAGGAAAAGAGCUGGCAAGCUACGAGAUCCCGAAGCCCAACAUCGGAAUCCACAGGUUUGUGUUCGUUCUCUUCAAGCAAACCGGCAGACAAACAGUAAAGAACCUGCCUACCUCCAGAGAUCACUGCUUCAACACCCGACGUUUCGCCGUCGAGAAUGGGCUGGGCCUCCCUGUCGCCGCCGUCUUCUUCAACGCUCAGCGCGAAACCGCCGCCCGAAGGCGGUAGCUGGCCACCACCCCAUAUAUAUAUAUAUAAUAUAUAACCAUCACCACAAAUAAAUAAACGGUCACCAGUACUUGUGAUCAACCACUGCAGCUAACUGAUGAUGAUCAAACUGUUGCGCAGAGAACCCUUUUCCCUAUGUGACCCUCUGUAUGUUCUUUUCUUUCCACUAAAAGAUAUUGAAUC